AUGUUUCGCAUUUUAAAAUGUAGUGAAUACUUAUCAGUGCGGCAGUUCACUCGUGGUAAACAUACAGGAAAAAUCAUCGCUUUGCGACGCGAGGAUCAAUCAGUAUGGGAACGUCGAGCCUCGUUUCCACCGGCGGUGGUGAAAAAGCUUAUCAAACUGGGCGUCAAAGUCAUAGUUCAACCGUCCAAUCGAAGAGCCUAUCCAAUGCAGGCAUAUCUAAAUGCUGGCGCUACCGUGCAGGAAGACAUCAGCGAGGCAUCGGUGAUCUUCGGAGUGAAGCAAGUGCCGGUUGAUGCACUGAUCCCGCAAAAAACCUAUUGCUUCUUCUCGCACACGAUUAAGGCACAGGAAUCCAACAUGCCACUUCUGGACGCCUGUCUGGAGAAAAACAUCCGACUGGUCGACUACGAGAAGCUGAUGGAUCGUAACGGUUUGCGGCUGGUGGCGUUCGGCAAGUACGCCGGAGUUGCCGGUAUGAUCAACAUCCUGCAUGGGCUGGGCUUGCGGUUACUCGCCUUGGGUCAUCACACCCCUUUCAUGCACGUUGGUCCCGCUCACAACUAUCGCAACUCAUCGAUGGCACGCCAAGCCGUGCGUGACUGUGGAUACGAAAUUUCGGUCGGAAUGAUGCCCAAAUCGAUUGGUCCGCUAACGUUCAUCUUCACCGGGUCCGGUAACGUAUCGCAGGGAGCGCAGGAAGUGUUCCAGGAGCUCCCGAUCGAGUUCGUGCCACCAGAAAUGCUGCGAAAGGUGGCCGAGCACGGAUCAACGAACAAGUUGUACGGCUGCGAGGUGAGCCGUUCCGAUCAUCUGGAGCGCCGCGAGGGCGGUGGCUUCGACCCCGUCGAGUACGAUCAGUUUCCGGAGCGGUACAUUUCCACGUUCAGCAAAAACAUAGCCGCGUACGCGUCGGUCAUUGUAAACGGUAUAUAUUGGGCGGUCGGUGCCCCGAAGUUGAUCACGAUUCCGGAUGCCAAGAACUUACUACGACCGGCCAACACGCCCUGGUUGCCAACUAGCCGAGGAUCCCCGGCACUACCCCACCGGAUGCUGGCCAUCUGUGACAUCUCCGCCGAUCCAGGUGGUUCGAUCGAGUUCAUGAACGAGUGCACCACCAUCGACACUCCAUUCUGUCUGUAUGAUGCAGACCGGAACAAGGAUCAGAAAAGCUUCAAAGGACCAGGGGUGCUGGUGUGUUCAAUCGACAACAUGCCAACGCAAUUACCGCGAGAAUCGACAGACUUCUUCGGUGAUUUGCUGUACCCGUACGCACUCGACAUUUUGCAGAGUGACGCUUCGAAGCCACUGGAGGAUCACAGCUUCUGUCCGCCAGUCGACGGUGCUAUCAUCUGCAGCAAUGGCCGCCUAACACCAUCCUAUGAGUACAUUAACGAACUGCGCGAAUCUAACAACCGGUCACGUCACAAAACGGAAGGCUCCUAUGUGGGCAAGAAACGUGUGCUGGUUUUGGGAGCUGGCUUCGUGUCGGCCCCGCUCGUGGAGUACCUUCACCGGGAGUCAAACGUAAGCAUUAAGGUGGCGGCCCAAUUCAAGGAGGAAGCGGACCGACUGGCCCAACGUUACCAGGGUGUCGAGUCGGUGUACGUCAAUGUGGAGGAUGAGUCCGCGAACCUGCAACAUUUGUGCGAAGAAAGCGACGUUGUAGUGUCAUUACUGCCCUACUCUCUGCACGGUCUGAUUGCGAAGCACUGCAUCGCGGGCCGAACGCAUCUGGUGACGGCAAGCUAUGUGAACGACGAAAUAAGUGCUUUACACGAUGCGGCUCGUGAUGCAGGCGUUACGAUUAUGAACGAAGUGGGUCUCGACCCCGGUAUCGAUCAUCUGCUAGCCCUGGAGUGUAUCCAGGAUGUGCACGAGAACGGUGGGGUGGUCGAAUCGUUCGUGAGCUUCUGCGGUGGGCUGCCGGCUCCCGAGCACUCGGACAAUCCGCUGCGGUACAAAUUCUCCUGGUCCCCGCGGGGUGUCCUGCUCAACACUCUAUCUGCCGCCAAGUAUUUGAGCAAGGGCCAGGUGGUGGAGAUCUCGGGCGGUGGUGAUCUGAUGACUGCUCCGCGCGAGCUCGAAUUCUUGCCCGGCUUUGCUCUGGAAGGAUUUCCUAACCGUGACUCCACCAAGUACAAGUCCUUGUACGGAUUGACCAACAUCCACACGCUGCUACGAGGCACAAUCCGCUAUAAGGGCUUCUCGGACACGAUUAAGCCGAUGCAGCUGCUAGGACUGAUCGAUCCGAACCCUCACCCACUGUUGCAUCCUCACGGACCGGAGCUAAACUGGCGGCAGCUGAUCGUCAACCUGCUGGGCCUAGCCGAUUCAGACAUCUUCAUAGAAAAUCUCAAGUACCGCCUGGCAGAGAGAGUCGGAUCGAUUGAUGGUCUGGCGGAACUCGGAUUGCUGGAUACGGUACCGGUGGUCAAGAUGGGCUCGCCGCUCGACACCCUCAGCUAUUUCCUGUCGAAGAGACUUGCCUUCGAUGAUAACGAACGCGAUCUGAUCGUGCUACGUCAUGACGUCGGAAUCCGCUGGAGUGACGGUCGCCGCGAGGAGCGAGGCAUCAACUUUGUCGUCUACGGGCAACCGGCGUCCACGGGUGGCCACUCGGCGAUGGCGAAGACGGUCGGGUUUCCUGCUGCCAUAGCUGCCAAAAUGAUCAUCGAUGGCGAAAUCCAACAGAGAGGUGUAGUAUUGCCCUUCACAGCCGACAUCUACCGACCGAUGUUGGCUCGCCUGGAACAGGAAGGAUUGACGGCGACGACAACAACGAAGGUGCUCUAGGAAAUCGUGGCUUGGAUUUGGACUGAAACACAAGAUCUAGUUUCGCUUGUUUGUAAGGCUCAUGUCAUUUUCUUGCAUCGUUUUACAUCUACUUUUAAAUAAAAAAAACAAUCAUUGAA